CUGAUUGCUUCCUCAGGUCACAGACAUGAUGCGGCCUCACACGGACCUCCCCAGCAUGUCCUGGAUGCUGUUCUCCUGCCUGAUGCUCCUGUCUCAGGUCCAAGGUGAAGACUCGCCCAAGGAAGUGCCCACUCCACGGAUCAGGUGUCCCAAAGGCUCCAAGGCCUAUGCCUCCCACUGCUAUGCCUUGUUUAUGACACCAAAAUCCUGGAUGAACGCAGAUAUGGCCUGCCAGAAGAGACCCUCGGGACACCUUGUGUCUGUGCUCAGUGGGGCUGAGGCAUCCUUUGUGGCCUCCCUAGUACAGAACAGUGCAAACACUUACUCAAACAUCUGGAUGGGGCUCCAUGAUCCCACAGAGGGCUAUGAGCCCAAUGCAGGUGGAUGGGAGUGGAGUAGCACGGAUGUGCUGAAUUACCUUGCCUGGGAGAGACACCCCUCCACCAACCCAAACCCCGGCUACUGUGGGAGUCUGUCAGCAAGCACAGGAUAUCUGAAAUGGAGAGAUUAUAACUGCGGUGCGAUGCUACCUUAUAUCUGCAAGUUCAAGGACUAGGUCUGGUGGGACGUCAGGAGCCUGAGUUUUGUGUGCAGCUCAUCAUGGACACAGGACCAAGUGUGACAACCCACCCUAGAAGGGGACAGCCUCCCAUGCCUUCAAACUUGACCACCUCAUUUGACCUUCCCUUCUCUUCAGCCUCAUUUCAAACUCUUCUGUAUCUUCUAUAACUUGAGUUUCAACAGGCAGAAUAAAAAAUAAGAAAUUUGGUCUGCAAUUGCCUCUUUUGUG